UGCAUCGACUUAACAUCAUCGCACGCGGAAAUUCCACCAUUACAACAGAUUUUCAUCCAUUCGCACCACAAGGAUCAACAAGGAUUUACGUUCCUAUAUUCCUGUCAAUCUCUCGUGUUACACACAAUAUUUAGUCAUGUGAAUUACAGACAUGCCUGUAGCAGAAGUGAAGUCCAGUUGGGCAGAUGAGGUAGAAGAAGAAGGAGGAGCAUUGCCUCCGCCAUCAGAAUCUUACGAAAAUGGUUUUAAAAUUCUUACGGAGUACAAGUACAAUCAGGAUAAUAAGAAGGUUAAGGUGGUCCGUACAUACAAGAUUGAAAGACGUGUAGUUUCUAAGACGAUAGCAGCCCGCAAAAAUUGGGCUAAAUUUGGGGACUCUGCUGAUGACAGACCAGGGCCAAAUCCUGCCACCACGGUUGGUGGGGAAGACGUUUUCAUGCAGUUCAUAUCCAGUAAAGAAGAAGAGAAUAAGGUCGAAGAGGAUAAUCUCGACAAACUAAAGAAUAUGGGAGACAAAGGCCAAGUCAAGUGUCGUAAUUGUAAUGGAGACCAUUGGACCACGAAGUGUCCUUACAAAGACACAGUCCUCGCAGGAGGAAAAGUACCGGACGACAAGAAACCAGCUGCUACUACUGGUGCUCCUGGAGCGAUGACAGAGCUGAAACCUCAAGGCAGUAAAUACGUACCGCCCGGUAUGCGCGAUGGUGGCAGUAAACGCGGAGAUUCUAUGCAAAUGCAAAGACGCGACGACACCACGGCCAUUCGUAUCUCUAAUUUAUCAGAGAGUACAACAGAUGCAGAUCUGGAUGAGCUUGUCAAGCCAUUCGGAUCUGUUCUCAAGUUUUAUCUUGCUAAGGAUAAACAGACCAAUCUUUGCAAAGGAUUCGCGUACGUGCAUUUCAAAUACAGAGGGGAAGCUACUAAAGCUAUUGCUACUCUAAAUGGCUAUGGUUAUGAUCAUCUUAUCCUGAAUGUGGACUGGUCGAAGCCUCAACAACAAAGUAAUUAAAAAUGUAAUGAUGCAAUUACGUGGAUUCAACAGCACGAAGUUUUGUAGGAAAUUUAUAACUGUUUAAUUACAACUAUAGAAGCAAAGACGAGUCUCCACAAAUGUUUCAGAUAAAAUUGCCUCUGUUUCAUAAGAACAUGUAUAUCGAAACAGAGUCAAUUUUAUCUGAAACCUUUUUUUGAACGAGCUAUAAUUUGACAAAAUUAUGUGCGAGACUUCGAAUCGGAUGACUGGUAUGUCUAAUUGUAAACUAACUUUGUUUCAUAGUGCCACGAUUCUCUGUCAUUUUCAAUCAAGACAUCUGCAUAUGCUACUGUAAAAAAUAAUAUAUCAAAUGUAAUUUUUAUUCCUAAUAUCUUUUCAAUUAAAAGUAAAUCAUACACCACAAAA